UUCCGUUCAAACACGUCAUUUCGUUGAACAUUACCAAUCUAGUAGACGUGUUACACUUACGAAAAUUAGAGGUGAGAGACGUGUAUUAUACGUCUCUGAUUUAACCUAACAACUAGGAAUUCCUAUGAUGUUUGCAGUCCAUGGACAGGUGACUGUGGUUAAACCGUUUCAACUGGUUGAACCGAUACAUGAAAGGGACCCUAGUUGAGUAUAGAUCGCGGGAGAGCAGACACGGUUCGUCUGGAGUAUCCGUGUAAGUUUCCUCAGACACGGUUCGUCUGGAGUAUCUGUGUACAUUUCCUCGGACCAAGCGUAGUGUUACACCGUACUCAGUGCUAGAAUACACUUGACUCAUCAUGACAGAGAAAGCAGCAGUAUUGGAAAAACUAAAGCAGAUUGGGAAAAGUGUGGGUAAAGAAAACGUCACCGAUGGCCUAGCUCAGAUACUGGUAAACGAGUCGGUAAAUGGAGGCAAUUUGCAAACAGUGCUUAUUCAAAUUGGCCGUAUCGGACUUGGUGUCAAGGAUAUGUUUGACCCGAACUAUGCGAAAAAAUUGACAGGACUGAUUUCCGUCCUGUCUGCCAUUCGUGAGUUAGUUCCCAUUUUUGGACCCCCCGCGAGGGAAUUUGCUAAGUGUAUUACUUCCAUUUUAGUGUCUUCAGAUCGAGACACACCGUCUGGUAAUGUAAGGGGUCCUGACGGUUUUAAGGGGACGAACACCGUUGGUAUGUUGGCUAAGGUAAUAUCGGACGCCCUAGAUGCUCACGAAGAUGCCAUCAUCAAAACCAAUGCUGACAGUACGUGCCGAGUGUUUGCAUUUGCUCACAACGUUCUUAUUGGUGUGAAUUCUGAUUCGGAGAAUCGCCCGAACAGAAGUGAAAUUUCUGAUUUAAUUCAUCUCAUUGACAUUAAUGCCGGCGUGAAAGCCCUAGGGAAAUUAGAGUCAAGGAUUUUGGUUUUGAUGGAAAACGAUCUGGAAACAUUGUCAGAGGAAGCUCUUUCCACACACAGCCGGAGAAUUAUCCAAUACAUAGACAUGUACUGUCACCUGGCUAUUCUCCGUGACGCCGUUAUGUUGGAACUUUACGCCAUGCUCAGAUAUUCUGGACAUUCUGACCGCCUGGCAGAAGGUAUCAGAACAGGACUGGAAGGCGAGCACGAGCGAGAUAGGAACUUGGUUAAAUCUUUGGUGCUUCCUAACCAGACCCAGGUCCGGUUCGCUUCGUUCUUUGACCCUGACCACUGGCCUUUCACCUGCAAAUUCAUGGAAGAUUGCACCAAUUUCCACGCACCCGAAAACCUAGAUAAAGUGCCGGUAGCCAUGAAUACUAUGAAAUGGAUGAACUGGUUUGCAACACACGACACAAAACCAGCUGUAUGUCUUCGUGCCUCGAAAUCCCCUUCAGAAAGAUCACUGAACAAAACCAAACACAACUUUGUGUUACUAAAGAAGGCGGAUUCCACGUGUUACUAUAUAAGCCCCCAAGGCCAGAAGGAUAUGUAUGUUGUGAUGAGAGGUGGCGAUAAGAAGUGGGUGGAAGUGAGGCCGGGCAGGCCUGGUAAGGAAGGCGAGUGGAACAUCUUCAAUGUCGAGGACAAAGACGCUGUGUAUAUGCUCUCCACUAGACGGUGGCCAGUCCACUUCAUGAGCAUGUCAGACACGUGGUUUGGCUGGAUACAGGGACGGACAGUGUCUGUCUCAGAUCCUUCAGCACAUUGGGUCAUUCAGUACAACGGAUCUAAGGCAUAAGAUGAUGUUUGCAAGUCACGGGUCAUAUUGAUCAACUUGUAAAUUAUUCUGGUCACUGUAUAUUAUAAAGGAUGAAUGGUCACAAACCGUCAUAUGACGGGUGUUCGUGCUAAGGGUCAGAAAUGUAAUGACAUACUGUGCGUUUUGUAUGUCAAACCUGUCUUUGUGAUAGAUGCAGGAUUACACCAACUAUUCGUAUUACUGCUACAGAAUAAGCAUUGUUUUAUCGCAAACUGUGAUUCAAUACUACAAAAGAACGCUUAUUUAUCUGCUCAAAGAAUGUCGCUAUAGAAUUUCAUUUUGCUAAUACUGCUUGACAAUAUUACUAAUAUGUUUAAAAAAUAUUAAACUUUGCAGUACAAACAAGUGUAUUGCACUCCAUGUUUGCCAAAAUGAAAAUUAAAACAAUUUGCAUUACACCUACUAAUAAAACAGUUUUAUGUUAUCUUAAUUGCCAUUCGCCAUACCGUUAUUGUGCUUAUUAUUUCUGGGGGGAGAAAAGAAGAGAGUCAGGACAAAAUAUAUAUCAUAAGUCCAUUACGGUACAAACAAUAAAACAAGAUUAAAUUUGGGGAAAAAAUGCACAAGAAAUCGCGUUUUUCAAAGUAUGGGAAGCUUAAUGAGACUUCCAAAUUAAUUUUCAAAAUGUGAUUUUUGAGAUUUAUUCAGACAAAAUGCGAAACAAAACUGCAAGUCUUUUUUAUGAUUCUUGUCAUAAAAUAAUCAUGAAUCGUUAUACAUACAAUUUUUUUUUAAUUUAAUAUAUUGGAAGUAUAACUUAUUUAAAAUUUUGCGUUUAGUUGAUGUUAGGCUAACUAUACUUUGAACAGCUUGGCCCUAGUACAUAUACAUUGUGUUUCCGUUGACACUGAAUUUAUCAUGAUCAUGUUCGUUCAAAUUCGUAGGUUUUACACCCUUGGGAUACAAAGUCUUGGCUUUUGUUAAUCAGUUCUCAGAACAAAUAUAUAUUUUAUCCAAUUGAGAAGAAACGAAUGAACAUUAUUGUCAAGAUCUAAAGCUGAUGAAUAGCAGUCUGAAGUUUGUUAGAUGCAGUACGCUUUAACAUUCAUUGUUUUUCAAUUGAGAAUACGAUCGAAACAAUUGAAAAAAACCUUGGUUUUUAUUUAAUGUCACAUGGAUAACAUUUGUUUUCAGACGAUUUCUGUAAUGUUCCGUCAAUUGUAGUUAAAUGUAUGGUUAUGUGUUUCAAAGCAGGGAAGAGCUAUCUAGCCUGUUCAAAUAAAUGAAAUAAUCCAACAUCAAUCCAACAGCUUUUUCAUUCCCAAAGGACUUUUUUAAUCCUUUAACCAUUACGUAUUUACGAAAGCAACCGAUACAGACCUUUGGGCAUCUUAAUAAUAUACAUUAUUGACAAAAUUUAAUUUUACUUAGUCAUCUGUAAAAAUAUAAACUGUAUUCUACCACAAUUUUUUUCAACUUAUAUUACUUAAUCUUGUUGGCCUGGUAAGAGUGCACAGAGUGUGUUAAUGCAAUUGGUUGGUUGUUUGUGUUUACGUCCUAUUAACAGCUAUGGUCAUUUACGGACGUGCCAGGUGGUGGUGGUGGUGGUGGUGGUGGUGGUGGAGGAAAGUCGGAGUUCCCGGAGAAAAAACACCGACGUACGGCCAGUAGCUGGCGACUGCCCUACGUAGGUCUCGAACUCGCGACCCAGUGAUGGAGGGCAAGUGGUAGCAGAAUGUCAGACGCCUUAACCACGGCCCCUCUAUGUUGCAACGAAAAUAAUAUAUAUAUAUUUAUAUUAUGUCUCAAAUAUGAAUAUGUGAGCCAAUCAAAUCACACUCUAAACUUUUUAUUUUUUCUUAAAUCAUACCUCAUGUAUAAAGAUUUGUCUUUACUUACAAUGAAUAUAGUAAAAUCAAUUUCCAUCGAGAGACUACAUGUUUUAAUAGGUGCUUUCUUACUUCGCUUUUCUAGUAAUCAUUAUAAUAAUGAUAUCAUUGUUAUGUUUUAAUUAUAAUAUGUGAUUUAUUUACAAAAUACACAACAUUUUCCUUGCAUAUACACGUGUGCCUACGGUAUUAUUUUUUUUCGUUUCAAAUUCAUUGUGUGCUAUUUGUAAAGUAAAAGUUUUUG